UAGAACUUUUACGUACAAGCAUGAAGGGUAAUAGCGGCAAUACGGGGAACAAAAUUGAGCAAAUCCUAGUGUUUAUUUCAGAGAUAAACCCAGACCCCAGUAUCAAAAGAGACGCUGGUUAUUAGAUAAGGCUUCACAAUACGCAGAAUCGGAGCACGAAGCUCCUUUUUAUCCCAGUAGCUUAUGCAGCUUUAAUGCCCCCUUCAAUCUAACCACUUACAGAGAGCACUUGGGUUUUGCCUUUGGUUUUCCCUAUUUCAGCUUCAGUAGCCCCUGAAUCCAUCUUCUGUGACUUUUAUUCGGCAGUGAUUACUUGUAAGAGUCUUCCUUCAAGAAGCUCUAUUUACUCAUUGCUUGCUUAUUAACUAUACAUGGAAGUUGCUAGCGUUCAAAAUGGUGGUAGCAUCAUGUGGUUCUUCAGAGACAAAGGUUUUGAUGAUAAAAGUAUCAACGAAAUGUUCAAAAAGUGUAAGCGCCUUCAGGGAGUGCAGAAGGAAAGAGCCUCCGAAAACUGGUGUUACCUGAAUAGCAUUGGCAUUCAAGAGAGAAAGCUACCUUCUAUUGUUUCCAGGUGCCCCAAAAUUCUUGCUCUUGGUCUAAACGAGAAGCUUGUCCCCAUGGUCGAAUGCCUUGCUACUCUGGGAACUAAACGCUGUGAAGUUGCUUCCGUCAUUGCUAGAUUCCCUCAGAUAGUCUCCCACAGUGUGGAAGAGAAGCUUUGCCCACUCCUGGCUUUCUUUCAAGCAUUGGGAGUCCCCGAAAAGCAACUAGGCAAAAUGAUAUUGCUGAAUCCUAGGCUCAUCAGCUAUAGCAUUGAAUCUAAACUCACAGAAAUAGUUAACUUCCUUGCCACCCUUGGCCUUACCAGAGAUGGGAUGAUUGGUAAAGUUCUGGCUAAAUACCCGUUUAUAAUGGGUUAUAGUGUCGACAAAAGGCUACGUCCUACAUCCGAGUUUUUGAAAUCGAUCGGUCUGUCUGAGACAGAUCUUCAAACAGUGACCAUUAACUUCCCUGAAGUCUUGUGUAGAGAUGUUAGCAAGGUUCUAAGACCCAAUUUUGCAUAUCUCCAAAGAAGUGGAUUUGGGGAUAGAGAGAUAACUGCCAUGGUGACUGGCUAUCCCCUGAUUCUUAUCAAGAGCAUCAAGAAUUCCUUAGAACCUAGGAUUGGGUUCUUGGUUGACGUAAUGGACAGGCAAACCGACGAAGUAGCCAAUUACCCUGACUUCUUCCGUCACGGUUUGAAGAAGAGAAUAGAGUUGCGGCACCGGCUUUUGAAAGAAAAGAGAGUCACUUGUAGUUUAAGUGAAAUGCUAGACUGCAAUCAAAAAAAGUUCCUAUUGAAGUUUGGUUUGUUUAAAGGGCUUGCCUGAGGUACUAUAAGCCAUUAGCCACAUUCCCAUUCUCUUUGAUUAUCAUUCUUCAUAUUGUAGCUUAAUUGUCACCUUGGUACAUGAAAUGAAAUAUGCAUGUGUUUUUUAUCAACGAGAAACUAAGAUCAGCUAAAUUUUUG